CCCACUCCUGACCCCGGAAGGACUCCGCCUUCCCCCGUCAGGCUGCUGCCGCUCAGCGCCAGGCUGCAGCUGGGAAGCAGGCGUGGGCGGACCAGCUGUACCUGGUCUGGAGCUCCCGAUUAGAAGAGGAGCUAUGUCGGAAGAAACCAUAAAUGAAUCACAGUUUUCCUUGAAGACGGCAGCACUAAGAGUGUUUGACCUUCCUCUGUCUUGGUACUAUUCUCUCUCCCAGAUCAGAUUUUCUCCAGUGGCUAAAAAGUUGUUUGUGGUAACUGCAGUGAGUGCUAUAUCUGUAAUUUUUCUGGCCCAUCACUUUAAAAGAAAACGUGGAAAGAGGAAAGGAAAAAUAUUACCAUGGGAACCAGAGCAUCUCAUACUUGAACACACUAAAAGAGCAGCAUCAGACAAAGGUUCAAGUUGUUCCAGUAGCAGACAGAAUUUGACAUUAUCUUUAAGUUCUACCAAAGACAAAGGAUCUCAAUCUUGUAACUAUGCUAAUGGAGGACUUUUCAGUAAAUACUCAGGUUCUGCACAGAGUUUGGCCUCCGUCCAGAGUGUCAAUUCUUGUCAUAGCUGCGCUUGUGGCAAUUCUAAUUCCUGGGACAAAGCAGAUGAAGAUGAUAUUAAACUUGUUAAUAUCCCUGUGACUACUCCAGAGAACUUAUACUUAAUGGGUAUGGAAUUGUUUGAAGAGGCAUUGCGUCGAUGGGAACAAGCUCUAACCUUUCGCAAUAGACAGGCUGAAGAUGAUGCCUGUGGUUCCAUUAAGAUGGGUGCAGGAGAUGCCAUUGCUGAAGAAAAUGUAGAUGAUAUUAUUAGUACUGAAUUUAUCCAUAAACUUGAAGCUCUGCUGCAGAGGGCCUAUCGUCUCCAAGAGGAGUUUGAAGCUACCCUUGGGGCAUCUGAUCCUAAUUCCCUUGCUGAUGAUAUUAAUAGAGAUACAGAUACCACCAUGAAGGGGAAUGUGGAUGACUUUGGCCUACGAGACACCUUGAGCAUCGCAUCCACGGAUUCCUUUGCUUCAGCAGCAGAGCUUGCAGAACACAGAGAAGUACGGCAUACCUACAGCUUGGAGUCCCUGUGUCACUGCCCGUUUUACGAGGAAGCCAUGCGUUUAGUUGAAGAAGGAAAAAUUUACUCCAGAGUACUGAGAACUGAAAUGUUGGAGUGCCUCGGAGACAGUGAUUUUCUUGCCAAACUUCACUGUAUUCGACAGGCUUUUCAGGUCAUUCUUUCAGAAUCAGCCAACAGGAUAUUCCUCGCUGAGAGUGGAAGGAAAAUUUUAUCAACUUUAAUUGUGAAAGCACGAAAGAAUCCAAAGAAGUUUGAAGAUGUUUUUGAUGAAAUGAUCUAUUUUUUAGAGCAGACUGAUCACUGGGGUAGUACUGAAAUGGAACUUGCUGCUAGAGGGGUGAAAAAUCUAAAUUUUUAUGAUGUUGUUCUGGAUUUUAUAUUAAUGGAUUCCUUUGAAGAUUUGGAAAACCCACCCACAUCCAUACAGAAUGUAGUAAAUAAUCGAUGGCUAAACUCAUCCUUCAAAGAAACAUUCCAACAGAUCCCAGAUGGAUUUUUUGCCCAUUUUUAUGCCAUUUGUGAACACAUCAGCCCUGUCCUAGCCUGGGGCUUUUUGGGUCCUAGAAAUUCUCUCUAUGAUUUAUGUUGCUUUUUUAAGAAUCAAGUUCUUUUAUUUCUCAAAGACAUUUUUGACUUUGAGAAGGUACGUUAUUCAAGUGCAGAGACUUUGGCUGAAGACCUCAAGCAGUUACUCAUUCGCCGCACUGAGCUUUUAAUGGCCUAUCUUGAAGCAGAUGCCCUGAGGCAUAUGAGUAGUUGUCUAAGUAGUCAUGGUCAUGUUAUGCCUCCUGGGCUACUGGAAGCCAAAGUACAAUAAGUACCAUAAGGAUCAUACAGUUUGAGUGUGCUAUGAAAUAUUUUAAGGUAACUAUUGAUUUUGUAACACACAAACAAAAUCAACAGAAUUGGUGCAUGUGGAUUCAGGGAGGAAAAAAAAUCUAGUAAAAAUGAGCAACUGUACUGUAUUUAUACAAUAGUUCUGUCAUUGAAUUCCUGUGUAGUGUAUUCAAAGUGGCUUUUUACACUCAUUAGGUAAUAAUCAAAGUCAUGAAAUGUUGUAUAUUUUACAGAAAUAUUGCUUGAAUUGAAGCCAAUAUUUGGGAGUUAAUUGGUUUGUCGUCUUGAAGCUGUCAUUCUCAAAAGCUGUUUUUCUGCUUUGCACUUUGAAAAUAUACACGUUAGCCAAGAUCUUUGUGGCCCACAUGUGCAAGAAUAUACUACUUCUAGUGUCAAUGUAUUUAACUUUGCCUAGAAACGUAUUUUUAAUUAUAAAGUUAUUAAUUUGUUGAAUCAAGUUUAGGCAGUAAUGAUGUUUAGUAUGUACUGCAUACAUUAUUGCUUGUGCAUUUGCUUAUGUAUUUGAAUCAAAGAAACUGUAAUCACUGAAUAUUGUUAUAGAACAUUUAAAUGGACCACUUGUGGUAGCUCAUGCCCAUAACUCUUCGGGAGGCUGAGGCAGGAGGAUAGUUUGAGGCCAGGUGGUUUAAACUGGCCUGGACAACAUACAGGAGAACUCCCCCCCAUCUCUACAAAAAUAAAAAUAAAUUAGUUGGUAUCAAGCAGAGUUCCAUGGAAAUAUUAAUUUUUUU